AUGGUAGUACUCAUUCAAAUAGAACAAUAUAAUUCUCAAAUUCAUUUAGAUCAGACUAACUCACAGGAGAAUAAUAAUCAAAUCAUAGAUAAAGUAUUGGAAAAUGUAUCAGAAGUAUUGGAAAUAACAAUAUCUAUCUUAAACCAACAGACUGUUAUUGAAGAAAGAUGG